UAAGACAAGAAUAUCACACUAAAGAGGAACUUAUUGUCAUUCCAUAACUAUUCACAACAGGUCGGUAUCUAACCAGCACGUAGCAUUUCUUCCUUAUACAUUUCCAAUUUGACGAAAUCGAUUGGAUAUGAGUUUUGUAAAAGCUUUUCCUCGUUUCCGUGUGGCCACGCAGGCUAUUUCUAAGCAGUUUUCCACCUACCGGUUUGCUGCUUCUCCUAGAGUUGCACGUUUGCAGAGAAGCCAAAUUAUUGCAAGAGCUCCCUUUGGCAUUCGUAUGGCUUCCCAUGAUUCUAGGAAAGAUUUGUUAGCUGCUUUGGAGUCGGAGCUUGACUAUGAGAAGAAGCACGUUUUGACAGACACUUCUUUGCCUCCCAUCCCAUACGAAAUUGAGGACAUCCGUGGAGAUGCCACAGUGAAGUUGAAAACACAAAAGGGUGAUGAAACUAUCUAUAUCAAGUUUAAUGUUUCCGACGAUACUCAGGAACCCGCCAUGGAAGAGAAUGAGUUGAGCGAUUUUCAAGAAGAGUAUGAAAAUAAGGGUCAAAAUCAGCCCAUUCAAGAGAUCCCGGAAGACGAGGUUGGUACUUCUGAGGCUUUGGGUCGCUUCCAACCUUGUACUGUUGAAGUCUUGAAACCUGGUGCCGGAGUUUUGGCUUUCGAAGCUAUGGCUUACGAUGAAGGCUUCGAAAUUGAGAACAUUUUCUUCUCUAAGGAUACUGACGUCUUAACUUCUGACAGUGUUGAAGCUGAAUGGACUCGCCGCAAACAAUAUCUUGGCCCUUCCUUUAAGGAAUUAGAUCCGGAGCUUCAAGACCUCUUCCACAGUUUCUUGGAAGAACGUCACAUUGAUUCUGAAACCGCCUCCUUCGUCAUUUCUUUCGGUUUAACUAAAGAACUCAAGGAGUACGUACGUUGGUUGGAAAAUGUUCGUGAUUUUGUCAAGUAAAGUGAUCUACCCAAAUUUUGCUUACUUUCUUCCUGGUAUAUUGUGUGUGCAUGUAUCUGAAGAGUUACUUGCUUACGUUAAGUGACCAUCUCAUAUAUUUCAAACCUCCAAAUUUCUUCCUAAUUUUACAUAAUAGGCAAGUCAUAAAUUUGAGUAUACUAAAAAUAAAAUUAACCUUAAUCUAAACCAGUCCCA